CGCACAAUGAAUGAAGUGUAUCAACUGCUGAAAAAUCGACGCUUACGCCCUGAUGAAACCACCCAUCGUUACAUUUUGGAUAUGCAAGAGAUAGCGAUGUAUUCAAAAAUUACGGAAGACGAAUUGAUCGAAAUGAUUAUUAGUGGAACAGGUGACACUUCAUCAAGAAUCGGUCAUUUGUUUCCAGCACGCUCUAUUAAUGAACUGAAGGAAUUUGCGGAACGAUAUGAACGUCUACGCUUCCAACCACCAUUAGGAUCAAAACAAAUAGCAAUAAUUAAUCGUAAUGCGGCCAGUGCACUUCAGCCAACAACUCAUCGAUCAAAUGCGGCCAACGCCACGUCAGUUCGCCCUACCGCAGCUCCAACCAUGGAAACAAUCCGAUGCUACAAUUGCUCCAAAUUCGGGCAUUAUCAAAGCCAAUGUCCACUGCCGAAACGACCAGCGAACUCCUGUUUUAAGUGCUCAUCCACCGAACAUGUGUAUCGUGAAUGCCCACACCGUACCACUGUUGCUGCCGUCCUUAAUGCCAACGGAAUGAAUGAUGCUAGAGUGGAACCAAUUAGUGAAAUGCAAAUGCCCCCGCAGUUUAAUCAAACGGAGUGAAGUUCCAUUCGAAUUACCAAAUCAAUUGAAAGAGACUCAGUACAAUGGCCUAGGAAAUGAUAGACUCAAGACGUAUGGGAAUAUCAAUUGCAAAAUAAACUUCCGAAAUCAAUCAAUCAAUCAGAAAUUAUUAACCUUGCCGAAUAAUCUUAUGUCAAUACCGAUGCUUGUAGGCCGUGAUUUUAUGAAAAAGCAAAUAUUACAAUGUGUCAAAUAAAAUACAUUUAUGAUACGAAAAGAUUGAAAGAAUUAAAUAAAGCUGCCAUUUGUACGAAGUUAGAGUCAAAACUUACUGAUGUUCUGUGUUCAUUUGAUUUAUUGGCCACUCACUUCUGUCACACAAAGAGUACAAUUGAAUCGCUUAAUCAAG